CUUGAUGAUAGUCCCCAGACUGCAGUUCCACAUCCGAUGGGCUGAGUGGGGUUGAGGCUGUUACCGGUACUGGUAUUGUAACGGAGUGCUUGCUCGCAGUUACUAUCGUACCUCACCCUUAUCUGAUCUGAUACGAUACCCAAGUUCCAGGAUCUACCGCACCUGCUUGGUUUACCUACCGUGCCUGUCUCCUUCUCUACCACCACCACCUGCUUCCUUUUCUUCCCCCCAAGCUUCCGCAACAACCUCUACGAGCUCCGAAAAAAAGAAGAAAAAAGAUACAACAACAAACUCAGAAGAGAUGCCAGAUGUCAACAAACUCGAAGCUGUAGCAGGUACUACCACUACUACUAACGCCUCACCUCUCACCGUACAAUUCACCACCACCACCACCACCCCUGCCCCUCCUUCCGCAACUGCCGCCGGACCGGCAACCGCAACCACAACCACAACUAUAAUGCCCCGCACCUCCACGGAAGCCCAUUCUCCCCUCCCCUCCCCAAUCUUCCAAACCUCCCGCCCAACCACUCCUUCCCCCCGUGCCUCCUCUUCGAACCUCCACCAUUACCCCCCUCAGCACCACCCAUCAAUCUCCUCCCGCCGCCCCUCAUCCUCCCUCUCAAUCGGUUCUUCGUCAUCUCGUCGCCCCUCUUCCUCAAUUCUCUCACCAUCCUCAGUCGAUCAAUCCCUCCCGCAGCGUCUGCCCCGUCAACCAACCCCUCAGGAUGCUGCUGCCUUCGCAGAACUCCACCAAGAGCUCGAGACGGAGCAAGAAGCGCAGGUCAAUAGAUUGCUAAACAUGAUCCGCCUGCAGCAACUCCAGCAGCAGUCUCAGAACCAAGGUUCGGGCGGUAGCGUCAUUGAUGACAACUGCUCCACCGCUGCAACCGUUGAUUCGAACUCUACUCUCGGCGCCGCCGUGGGUAGUGGGCGAGCCUUGUCACCAGUCUCAGCAUAUAGCCGUAGCGGACGCUUAUCCCGGGAGAAUUCAACUACUUCUGCGAGUAGGGGUAGGAGGAGAAGGUCAGGCUCCAGGACUUCUACGGCUACUUCGACUUCCAGUCCUAGUUUUCCGACUGGAAGCUUCAUUCCGGAUAAUGCUAGUGAUACUUCUGCCAGUGUUCCCUGGCUCGGAUCCUCACACAGUGACAUGGGAUUCUACAUUGCGGAGGCGCAGAUGCUCACGAGGGAGAACGAAAUGCUAAAGAGGAGGAUUAGAGAGCUUGAAAGACAGGUUUCGGAACUUAGCUCCAAGUCGUCGACCGCUGGGAGCGAUGUUGCGUCGCCGGGUGGCACUACUUCUUAA